GCAGUAGGCAGAGAAGUUUGAGUUUGAAAUUUGGAUCGUGAAAAAGAGAAGAGAAAUGGGAAGAGCUCCUUGCUGUGACAAGGCAAAUGUGAAGAGAGGGCCAUGGUCACCUGAAGAAGACACAAAGCUGAAAGAGUACAUAGACAAGCAUGGAACUGGUGGAAACUGGAUCGCUCUUCCUCACAAAGCUGGUCUAAAGAGGUGUGGAAAAAGUUGUAGAUUGAGAUGGCUUAACUAUUUGAGGCCUAACAUUAAGCAUGGUGAAUUCUCCGACGAGGAAGACAGAAUAAUCUGCAGUCUUUAUGCUAAUAUUGGAAGCAGAUGGUCAAUUAUAGCAGCACAGUUGCCAGGAAGGACUGACAAUGAUAUCAAGAACUAUUGGAACACCAAGCUCAAGAAGAAGCUCAUGGCUUUGCUUCCGACUCAUCAUCAUAAUCAACAAAACCCACCACCA